AUGCAGAUGCAGUCCCUGUGCAGCCUGCCCAUCGUGCGGUACCAGGAGCCAAAGGAGGAGGACGGGCUGGAGGACAUGACCCAGCUGGAGGACCUGCAGGAGGCUGCAGUGCUGAGCAACAUCCGGACACGGUUCGAGCGCCAGCUCAUCUACACCUACAUUGGCAGCAUCCUGGUGUCGGUGAACCCCUACCGGCUCUACAACAUCUACGGCAAGGAGCAGGUGCAGCAGUACGAAGGCAGAGCCCUGGGUGAAAACCCACCGCACCUCUUUGCCAUCGCGAACGUCGCCUACUCCAAAGUGAUGGAUGCCAAACACAACCAGUGUAUCGUCAUCAGUGGGGAGAGCGGCUCAGGGAAGACCGAAGCCACCAAGCUGAUCCUGAGCUACCUGGCAGCCGUCAGCCAGAAACGCAGUGCUGCCCCACAGGUAGGGAGGAUCCUGGAGGCAACCCCUCUGCUGGAAUCCUUCGGCAACGCCAAAACCGUGAGGAAUGACAAUUCCAGCAGGUUUGGGAAAUUUGUGGAAAUCUUCCUGGAGGAUGGUUUGAUCUGCGGUGCCAUAACCUCGCAGUACCUGCUGGAGAAGUCCCGCGUGGUGUUCCAGGCCCAGAGCGAGCGCAACUACCACAUCUUCUACGAGAUGCUGGCAGGGCUGCCGUCCCAGCAGCGGCAGCGCUACUUCCUGCAGGGCGCCGAGACCUACUACUACCUGAACCAGGGUGGGAACUGUGAGAUUCCUGGCAAGGAUGACGCUGAGGAUUUCCGCCGGCUGCUCAACACCAUGGAGGUGCUGAACUUCAGCGUGGAUGAGCAGAACAGCAUCUUCCGCAUCCUCUCCUCCGUCCUGCACCUGGGCAACGUCUACUUUGAGAAAUACGAGACCGACUGCCAGGAGGUCGCCAUGGUGGUGAGCGCCACCGAGAUCCGGACGGUGGCUGAGCUGCUGCAGGUGUCCCCUGAGGGGCUGCAGAAAGCCAUCACCUUCAAGGUGACGGAAACACAGCGAGAGAAGAUUUUUACCCCUCUGACUGUGGAAAGCGCCGUGGAUGCCAGGGAUGCCAUUGCCAAGACCCUCUACUCCCUGCUCUUCGGCUGGCUCACAGAUCGCAUCAACAAGCUGGUGUACCCGCGGCAAGAGGCCCUGUCCAUCGCCAUCCUGGACAUCUACGGCUUCGAGGACCUCACCUUCAACAGCUUCGAGCAGCUGUGCAUCAACUACGCCAACGAGUACCUGCAGUUCUUCUUCAACAGGAUUGUGUUCCAGGAGGAGCAGGAGGAGUAUAUCCGGGAGCAGAUCGAGUGGAAGGAGAUCCCCUUCAGCGACAACCAGCCCUGCAUUGACCUCAUCUCCCAAAAACCCUACGGCAUCCUCCGCAUCCUGGAUGACCAGAGCUGCUUCCCCCAGGCCACUGACCACACGUUCCUCCAGAAGUGUCACUACCACCACGGGACAAACCCUCUCUACACAAAGCCCAAGAUGCCACUGCCCGAGUUCACCAUCAAGCACUACGCAGGGAAGGUGACCUACCAGGUUCACAAGUUUCUGGAUAAAAACUAUGACCAGGUCCGUCAGGACGUGCUGGAUCUGUUCCUCAGCAGCAGGACCAAGGUGGUGGCCAACCUGUUCUUCGGGCACGCCCAGGUGCUGGCGCGGCAGAGGAGCCUCAUGAGGAGGAGCAGCACCAGGACACGGCGCUACAAGGCUCCCACCGUGGCCGCACGGUUCCAGCAGUCGCUCCUGGAGCUAGUGGAGAGAAUGGAGAGAUGCAACCCCUUCUUUGUGCGCUGCAUCAAACCCAACAACAAGAAGGAGCCGGGGCUCUUUGAGCCUGACGUGGUCAGGACCCAGCUGCGGUACUCGGGGAUCCUGGAGACCAUCCGCAUCCGCAAGGAGGGCUACCCCGUCCGCAUCCCCUUCAUCGUCUUCAUCGACAGGUACCGCUGCCUCGUUGAUAUGUGGUCCAAUGUCAUUCCCAAUGGGCCCAACUGCGUGGAGAUGCUGAGGAGCCUGUGCCCCGUUAACCCCAGCAUGUACUACGUCGGUGUCACCAAGGUGCUGUCCCGCGAGGGGCUCUUCCUGAAGGAGCAGCUGUACCAGGCUCUGGAGAGCAAGCGGUGCCGUGCCCAUCACCUGGCUGCGCUCACGCUCCAGCGCUACGCCCGCACCUUCUUCAUCAAGCGGCGCUUCCGCUCCCUGCGCCGCAAGAUCGGGCUGCUGGGCAUGGGUGGUCCCAGGGUGGCUGCCCUCAUGGGCAGGGAGGGCUGGUGGCACCUGCUCACCGUCCAUCCCUCCCCAGGUGACCAAUUCUCCUGCCCCAUCCACUCCUGGAGCACAGGAGAGGACCUGGCAGGGGAUGUCCUGAAGCUCAGAGGGCUGGCAGAGGGCUGGCGUGGCUGGUCCGUGGCUAUGAAGGCGGGUGCCCAGUGGGCUGAGCUGGCUGGACACGAUUAUGUGCUGGACCUUGUCUCCGACCUGGAGCUGCUGCGGGGCUUCCCCAGACAGAAAUCCUGUUUCCUCCUCGCGUGGGAUGGCAGCGAGAGCCACAGCAGGGACAGCCGGCCCGUGCUGGGACACGGAUUUGAUUUGGAUGAAGUGCCACCUCCCCCAGCUGUGAAAGCCCCCACACUGCCCUCCAUGGAGGCGUAUCACUCCCAUGAUGGUGAAUUUGGGGAGCCACGCAGCCAGAAGGGUCUGGACCGGUACCUGGACAGUCUCUUUGACCCUGUGCUCUCCUACGGCAAUGGGGAGCUGGAGAAGCCGUCCAUCCUCUCGCAGAGGCUGAAGGGAGGAGGUGGCGUGGGAGGGGGGCACAGUGGCACUGAUGGCACCCGGAGCUGCAGGUGGUGUCAGGUGCAGGGAAUGCUGGCGUGCACCUGGUGCUGGGGUUCAGCUGAUGUGGGAUUCUGUCCUGGCAGCAAGCUCUUUGGGAAGAAGCUGGACCCCCACGAGGAAGCCAUGCAGAUCCUGAAGGAGCAGCUCUCAGCAGCCCGGGUGCCAUCACCACCGGCUGUGGGGCCCAAGGAGGUGGUGGCUGCGGUGAAGCCGGUGCCAAGUGCCAGGUACCCGCUGCGAGCACCCACAGGACGUCCUGCAGCCCCACAGCCCCCAGUCUUUGUGUCUCGGGAGCUCCCGUCCGAGGCGCAGCAGGUCCAGACCCAGCUGCACCGCAGCUGCAGCGAGGACUUCUACACCUACCACAACGUGCCCUGGAAAAUACUCAUCAGGAAGGAGGUUUUCUACCCCAAGGACAACAUCAACCACCCACUGCUGCUCGACCUCAUCUUCCGGCAGAUCUUCAAUGAUGUGCUGUCUGACAGCUGCAUCCGGAUCAGCCACGAGGAGCGGCUCCGCCUGAAAUCCCUCUUUGCGGAGAACAAGCUGGACUCCUUCAGCCCCGUGGCCACCGAGAGCGUCAAGAGGGAGAUCAUUGCUGCGGCCCGGGAUGGCUGCGAGGUGUACUUCUCCCGCCUCUUCCCUGCCACGGGCAGCGUGGGGACGGGUGUGCAGAUCCUGGCCGUGUCCCACGCUGGCAUCAAGCUGCUGCGGGUGGUGAAGGGCACCAACGUGCCCGGGGAGCAGCUGCGGGUGCUGAGAGCCUACAGCUACCCCGACGUGCUCUUCGUGACCACCCCAUCCAGGAACAUGCUGGAGUUCAACCUGCGCGGAGACAAGCUCAUCCUCUUCUCCCCCAAAGCCCCCCAGGUCAAGGUCAUGGUGGACCACUUCAUCACAGAGCUCAGGAAGGACUCCCAGUAUGUGGUGGCCGUGAGGAACUACAGCCCAGAGGACAGGCGCCAGCUCAGCUUCCACAAAGGGGACAUCAUCCACCUGCAGUCACUGGAGCACCCUGAGAGAGAUCAAUACUAUGGCUGUGUGGUCCGCAAGAAGGUGAUGUACCUGGAGGAGCUGAAGACUGGCACCCAGGAUUUUGGGUGGAAGUUUGGGGCCAUCCACGGCCGGUCAGGGCUCUUCCCUGCGUGUCCCCAGCCAGUGCCACCUUUGUGGAGGGUCCGGAGGGAGAUGGUGAUGAGCAGCUCAGGGAUGUCACCGGUGCCUGUCCCAUGCUGGCCUUUGCCCAGAAGCAUUUCCGUGCAGCACGGCGUGGGACCAUGGACUCCCGUGGGAUGAAGUUGCCAAGUGUGCUGGAGAUGCUGACGUUCACCAAGAUCCCCAUUCAGGAGUCACUCAUUGAAUUUGUGGAUGGUGGCCUCAACAAACUGGCUGCUGAGGCUUUCCAAGCUGUGAUGAAGUUCAUGGGUGACCAUCCCCUGCGGGGGCAGACAGAGCUGGACAUCGUCUGCACCAUGCUCAAGCUGUGUGCAGCGCACGAGGUCCUGCGGGAUGAGGUGUACUGCCAGAUCAUCAAGCAGAUCACCAACAACACCAGCUCCAAGCCGGACAGCUGCCAGAGGGGCUGGAGGCUGCUCUACAUCCUCGCUGCCUACCACAAGUGCUCCGAGGUGCUCCGGCCCUUCCUCCUGGCCUUCCUGCAGGAUGCCAGCAGGCACCCGGAGCUGCCUUUCCAUGGCAUCGCCAAAGCCUGCGAGCAGAACCUGAGGAAAACUCUGCAGUUUGGUGGCCGCAGCCUCUUCCCCAGCAGCAUGGAGCUCAAGGCCAUGGUGGCUGGACGCAGCGCCAAGCGCCAGCUCUUCCUCCUGCCCGGUGGCAUCGAGAGGCACCUCAAGAUCAAGACGUGCUCGGUGGCUCUGGAUGUGAUCGAGGAGCUGUGCUGUGAGAUGGGGCUGCAGAACCCAGAGGCUCUGGAGGAAUACAUCCUCUUUGUGGUGACCGACAGAGGGCAGAGCGUGCGGCCCCUGACCCGCCGGGAAUACGUCCUGGACGUGGCUGCAGAGACCGAGCUCCGGGACAGCAGCUACAGCUUCUGGUGCCGCCGCGUGGUCUGGGGCCAGCCCCUCAAGUUCGACAACGAGCUCUACGUCACCGUCCACUACAACCAGGUGCUGCCUGACUACCUCAAGGGGCUGUUCACCGUCCUGCCGCCGGCGAGGCCGGGAGAGCAGCACUUCCCGCACGUGGCCAAGCUGGCCGCCCUCCAGCACCGAGCCAAGGACCGCCACCUCCUCCCCACGGCGAGGGAGAUGCAGGACUACGUCCCCCCACAGCUCUUCCGCCUGCUGAAGCCGCAGUCCUGGCUGCAGAUGGUGACCCAGCACGUGCAGCAAGCCCAGGCACUCAGCGCCCACCAGGCCAGGGCACAGUUCCUGGGGCUGCUGAGCGCCUACCCCAUGUUUGGCUCGUCCUUCUUCUACAUCCAGAGCUGCAGCAACAACGCCAUUGUUUCGCCCUGUAUCCUGGCCGUCAACCAGAACGGCCUCAACUUCCUCAGCAAGGAGACCCACGAACUCAUGGCCAAGUUCUCGCUGAAUGAGAUCCAGUCCACACGGACACAGCGCCCGACAGCCGGAUCCAGCUCUCCCUACGUGGAGAUCACUCUGGGAGACCUCCUGGCCCAGGGCAUCACCCAGCUGCAGCUGGAGCAGGGUCUGGAGCUGUGCCGCGUGGUGGCCGCGCACAUGGAGCGGCUGCUGGGUGCCCGGGAGAAGAGGCUGACGCUGCCGCCCAGCGAGAUCACCCUGCUCUGAGCCCGCCACGGCCCGGAUCCCCGGCACCCCGGAUCCCCGGCAGCGGGGACAGAGGGUGCCGUGACCAUGGGCUGUCCCCAGCUUGGCCAGUGGCCGCUGUCCCCCUGUCACCACCCCGCUGUUCUGCGGUUUUAUACACACCCGGCAGCCCGGCAUGACUCGGUGUCCGUAGUUUUGUGUUGCGCUCGCUGCUGCAGGGGGGAUGCUGCCCCCCGUGUCUGAUUCCACACCGAUCACCAUGUGUUUCCUAUUCCCGUGCCUCAGUUUCCCCCACCGGUCUCGUGUCCGUUUCCCCAUGCCGGUGCCUAAGUUUCCCCUCCAUCUCGCCCGUGCCUCAGU